CAAUGGCUGACACCGACCCUUAUUUACCGAAGUCAAAAUGGCCUCCCUUCGAAUAUUAACACGCUCGAAGCUUUCCUCGAUACUUCAUGCUUUUAAUAAAACUGAAAUUCAAAGGAUUGUUUCACCAUCCACUCUCGAGAUUCAAAAAAGAUGGAGCAAUUUUAAAUCAUGUGGUUUAUAUAAGGACCCUUCUAAAUUCACAAAAUUCGAUAUUACAUCCGAUCCAAAUGAAUGGAAAUACGUAGAACGAUUGUUUCCGUAUAAAACUGUUCCAGCACCUCCAAAGAAUGUUGAGACUACACCAAGUGGCUGGGUACCUCCAAAAGAGCCAAACACGAAUUUGCCCUACUUUGUGCCUCGUACAAAGAAUCAUAUGCAUCCAGUUUACAUGAUAUUGUCAAAAAGAGGAAUGAGACGAUUGACUUAUAUACGUAAAAUCCAAGGCGAUAUUUGGCAAUUUGAGUCGGAAUUGAAAAGUCACAUAGAAUAUCUUCAACCUGCACAGAAAAAGAGAGUAAAAUUGGUUUCAUCGCGAAUCAACGAACCUGCUGGUGUUGUCAUAUUUCAAGGUGAUUUCGUUUCAAUAGUAAACCGAUGGUUGCAAUCAAAAGGAUUUUAACAUUUGUAGAAUAUAAUAUUUGUAUAAAUUGAAAUAUUUGUAAUUACUUUUUGAAUUAUAUCUUUAUAUGAUAAA